AUGGAGUCUGCCUUGAAUGACAAUAUGGAUAAAUCUACAAAGUGCAGUUCUCAUCGCGAUGCCAUGGACAACAUCGAGGAUUGUGACAAUAAGUAUUCCGACCACAAACGGAGAAUAGCGGACCUCCGAGUGUUACCCCUUUUGGUAGUUGGGUUCGCUAGCUAUCAGCUCGACAGGACCAACAUUGCCAGCGCACUCACAGGAAAUUUUGCAUCCGCCAUAUCCGUCGACCAAAAUACUAUCAAUCUUGGAAAUCAACUGAUGUUCCUUGGUGUCAUUGUACUUGAGAUACCUUCAAACAUUAUCCUACAUAAGGUUGGUCCUCGCCAAUGGAUCAGUGCACAAGUCUGCGUAUUCGGGCUAGUAGCCUGCCUACAAAUAUUUGUACGCAAUAAGUUAGGUUUCCUACUCACUAGAACAAUUUUGGGUCUUGCUGAGGCUGGAUAUAUUCCUGGUGCAAUGUACACACUUUCUACCUGGUAUACCAAGCAAGAAUUGACAAAACGAAUCGCCAUAUUCUUCUUCGGCAUGUUUGGCGGAACGGCUGUUUCUCCGCUUCUUGGAGCUGCUCUCUUGAAGCUGGACGGAAAAAAUGGUCUGUUUGGCUGGCAAUGGAUCUUCCUCGUUGAGGGUCUAUUCUCCAUUGCUGUGUCUAUUAUUCUCUUUUUCUUCCUUCCUGAACACAAGGAACUCUCUGAUUCGUCUAAUCAGGCGAACAUUUUGGAGGCCGGAGUGCUUCGGCCAAUGAAGAAACCAUUGGCUCCCCCUGGAAAAACGCAUAUAUCAUUCCUAUUAGUUUGGAAGACGUUGACCAACGUACACAAAUGGCCGCACUUCAUUGCCACAGGCUGCGUCUUCGCUACAUGGAGCCCUCUUACGACAUAUACUCCAAGUAUAUUUAUGCAACUUGGUUUUGCUCGGAUUGAGGCAAAUGCACUUUCUGCAAUCGGAAGUUUGCUCACUCUGCCCGUGAUCUUGCUUUUUGCAUGGAUGAGCGACAAAUCGAACAAAAGGGGCCUUACUGUUAUGGUAGCUAUCUUUGUCUAUUUGAUCGCGUUGGUAAUUCUAAGAAUCAUGAUGCACCGUGUGGAUAAAUGGGGCAAGUUCGGACUCUGGACAGCAGUUAAUGCUCUGGCUGUGGGGUAUCACCCAAUCCACAAUUCUUGGAUCCAAAUCAACUGCAAGAGCUCUGAGGAGAGGAACAUAAGCGUUGCGUGA